UUUCCAACCUUUGCCGCACUCACACGGUCACACCCAAAGCGACGCCGCCGCGGCUUCGAUUACCCUCAUGCCGCUCCGCGCGCUGCUCCGGCACCUCGCCGCCGGGCGUUUCGCGCGCGUGCAGGCGCUCACGGGUGCGUCCACGGAGGCGGCGGCGCACCGCGUCCUCCACCUCCUCCUCCGCACCGCGCCGCUCCCUCCCCUGCCCCACCUCGUCUCCCUCGCGCGCUGGUCGCGCGCCCACUUCCGCGCCCCGCUCCCGCUGCCGCUGCACGCGCUCCUCCUCGCCCGCCUCGCCUCCCACGGGCUCCACCCACUGCUCCGCUCCGAGCUCCACGCUCUCGCCGCCGCCCGCCUCCACUCCCCGGCGUCCAUCGUCCGCGCCCUCCCCGCCUCCUCCUCCCCGCUCAUCGCGGACUUGCUUGUCCUCGCGCUCGCCAGCGCCUCCCAGCCCCUGGCCUCGUACGAGGCUUUCCUCCUCGCCGGCGAUGCCCACCCGCGCCACCGCCCCUCCGCCUUCUCGGUGAACCGCCUACUCUCCGCCCUCGUCGCCGCCGAGCGAGUCGACCUCGCCGAGAGGGCUUUCAAGGCGGCCCUCCGGCGGCGCGUCUCGCCGGACCUUUUCACCUUCAACAUCGUCAUCUCCGGGCUCUGCAAGACCGGGCAGCUCCGCAAGGCCGGCGACGUCGCCAAGGACAUCAGAGCGUGGGGUUUGGCGCCCUCAGUGGUCACUUACAACACUAUCAUCGACGGAUACUGCAAGAGGGGUCGUGCCGGGAGGAUGUACCAUGUUGAUGCGCUCUUGAAGGAGAUGGUGGAAGCUGGGAUCUCACCGAAUGAGGUAACAUUCAAUGUGUUGGUCAAUGGGUAUUGCAAGGACUCGAACACUGCUGCUGCCGUGAGAGUCUUUGAGGAGAUGAAGCAGCAGGGGAUUGCAGCGAGCGUGGUGACGUACAGUGCACUUGUUUGGGGUCUCUGCAGUGAGGGGAAGGUAGAGGAAGGGGUGAAGCUGGUGGAUGAGAUGAAGGAUUUGGGGCUGGUACCUAAUUUGGCCACUCUGAACAGUGUGCUGAAUGGGUUUUGCAAGAAGGGCAUGAUGACAGAUGCUGAGGGUUGGAUUGAUAGUAUGGAACAGAAGAAUGUCAAACCUAAUGUGGUUACUUACACUAUAUUGGUCGAUGGGUAUCGCCGGCUCGACAAGAUGAAGGAUGCAUUGGCGGUGAAGGAGGCGAUGUCAGGGAAGGGGGUUAGGCCAAAUGCCAGAAUAUACAAUUGCUUGAUAGCUGGGUUUACCCGUAACGGGGAUUGGAGGAGCGUUUCUGGACUUCUCGAUGAGAUGAGGAUGAAAGGUGUUAGAGCUGAUAUUGUUACUUACAAUGUACUUAUUGGCGCCUUGUGCGUCAAAGGGGAAGUGCGGAAAGCAGUAAAGCUCUUGGAUGAAAUGUUGAUGGUCGGCUUGGAGCCAGUGCAUCUGACGUACAACACCAUAAUAAAUGGGUACUGCGAGAAGGGGAACAUUAAAUCUGCCUAUGAAAUUAGGACUAGGAUGGAGAAAGGUAAGAAAAGGGCAAAUGUAGUCACAUACAAUGUGUUCAUCAAGUGCCUUUGCAGAAUGGGGAAGAUGGAGGAGACUAAUGAGCUCCUGAAUGAGAUGUUGGAGAAAGGUCUUGUUCCAAAUGGGGUUACAUAUGAUACUAUCAAGGAGGGUAUGAUGGAAAAAGGUUACACUCCUGAUGUAAGAGGAUUCACUUGCUCAGCCUCAGACGCCUCUGAAAACCUGACAUCUUCCUGAAAAGUAUGGCACUUAUAAUCUACUAACAUAGCUUCUUUAUACCUCCUUAUACGUAGCAAAUAAAGCAAGCCAAUGGAACUUAUUGUUCAAAUGAGAAAUUUUGGUGAUCCCUUCUUCUGCAAGGGGUUGACCUAAUUUGGGAUUCCAAGGCUCCCACGAAAUGCAAGUGCUUGCUCUGGCUGGCGAUUCGCAAUCGUUGUUGGACUGCGGAUAGACUUCGAAGACGUGGAUUGGAUCAUCCUCAAUGGUGCCCGCUUUGUGAUCAAGAACAGGAGUCCAUCUCUCAUCUGCUGCUUGACUGCGUGAUGGCCAGAAUUGUUUGGUUCGUUUGCUUCUGGUAUGGAACAAACUCGAAUGGAUCCCGACGCCGGACAGCUCAAUUGCCGGGUGGUGGUCUGGGCUGCAGGUUGCGGGGCAGCAGCGGCAAGAUCUGGCUACCGCAGCCACGCUCACGUUUGGUGCAUUUGGAAGCAAAAACAAGGUUGUCUUCGAUAGGGAGACCGCGACCGCCAACAAGAUCCUUCAGGCGAUCAAUACCGAAGGCUCAUGCUGGAGAUCUGCAAGGCUCUUUAGAGGUUCUAUGUUCAGUGUAUUUGGUGAUAGCCUAGUAGAUUGGAGAGAUGCUGCUGGCUGAUCUGCCUUUUUACUUUUGUUGUUGUUCUUCGGGCAUGUAGCUGCUAGGCAGCGUAACUUUCUUCUUUAAUUGAUGAUACGCCUUGCUUAGGCGUAUUCUAGAAAAAAGUAUUUUUUGGAUGCUGUCUUUUUUUGGUGAAUAUCGUAUUAGCAUUGAAGGAAGCAAAUUGAAGGGAACUA